CCCCAUCUUAACUCUUUAAUCUCAAAUCGAGGUUCAUCGCCUCAACCCUACUCUCACAAUGGCUCCCGGUCAGUUCAAGACGCUUCUGGGCUCGAUCCGGAGGAAGCCUUCUCACGCCCCAGAUGGCAGGACGAACGAGCAGGCGUACGGAAAGUCCAUGGAGGAGAGGACCUCCCUCAUUCAUGAUCUCACACACCUUGGCCUCAAGAACACAAGGACGGUGGCGGAGGCCAUAACCACUCUUGCGUCGGGAGAACCUAUGGAUGAUAAGGACCUGUUAUUAGAGAAGGGCGUCGCCAUGCUCCAAUCCCUCCCAACCAACAGCGGCCUCAGCCAGACCAUCUCCAAUAACUUCAUUGGCAUGCUGUGGAAAGACCUGCCACAUCCUUCCCCCACAACCGCUGGCCCAGCAGCCCGCUACAGACAGCCUGAUGGCAGCGGCAACAACCCGUGGAUUCCUGAGAUGGGCAAGGCCGGGUUGCCUUAUUCCCGCAGCGUGCCUCCCAUGAAGCCCAAGGGACCAAACCUUCCAGACCCAGAGCUCGUAUUUGACCAGAUCUUAAAGAGAACGGGCCCCUUCCGCGAGCACCCAUCUGGCCUGAACAGGCUGUUCUUCUCCUUCGCUACCGUUGUUAUCCACGAGUGCUUCCAGACUUCGCGGACUAACCCAUUGAUCAACGAGACCUCCAGCUACGUCGAUCUGAGCACCAUUUACGGAAAUAACGCAAACGAGCAGAAGCGCGUCAGAACUUAUGAGCAAGGGAGGAUCUUCCCCGACUCAAUGGCAUCGGAGAGAAUCAUGAUGAUGCCACCGGGUGUAGUGGCCGUCCUGUUGAUGUUCUCGAGAAAUCACAACCACAUUGCGGAGAACCUGCUGUCUGUUAACGAGAGCGGCAAGUACAAGGACUGGGACAGCCUCGAUGACGAGCAGAAGGCUUGGCAAGAUGAGGAUCUUUUCCAGCUUACCCGUAACAUCAAUGUCGGCUUUUUUGCGUCGGUGGUGCUAAAGGAUUACGUUGCCGCCAUUCUUAACACCCCGAGAGCCGAUUCGGUCUGGUCUCUGGACCUCGGUGGUGAGAUCAAGAAUGGCGGAGAGCGACUCGAGCGAGGCUCCGGCAACGUGGUCUCCGUCGAAUUCGCCGUCCUCUACCAUUGGCAUGCGGCCCUCAGUGCGGCUGAUGACAAGUGGAUGGAAGAUGUUAUACGCGCGCACAUCCCAGAUCUCCAGUCGAUUGACGAUGUCACCGCUGCGGACUUCAAGAAGGUCAUGAUGACCGAGGGACACAAGCUCAUGGCUACUCCGCCAAAAGAGUGGACAUUUGGCGGUCUCCAGCGUGGGCCAGAUGGAAGGUUUAACGACGUCGAACUUGCGGAGAUUAUCAAGGAUUGCAUCGAAGAGCCAGCCCACGCCUUUGGUGCGCACGGCACUCCGGCGAGUUUGAAGAUUGUUGAUAUAAUGGGACAGCUGCAGGCGAGAGAGGUGUUUAAUGUUUGCACGAUGAACGAAUUCCGUCGUUACCUAAACUUGAAACCGUACGAGGACUUUGAGGACUGGAACCCAGACAAGGAGACAGCAAGAGCUGCCGAGCUCCUGUACGGCCACAUUGAGAACCUUGAAUUAUACCCUGGUCUUAUGGCAGAGGUCACCAAGCCAGCUAUGCCUGGUAGCGGUGUCUGCCCUGGCCAUACAACUGGCCGUGGUAUCCUCGAUGACGCCGUUGCGCUCGUCCGUGGAGAUCGAUUCCUCAGCUACGAUUUCAACAGUACCACCCUAAGCAACUGGGGAUUCGCCAAACUCGGUGCCAUCCCAGCCGGAGCGUACGGUGGCAUGUUCCCUCAUCUGCUGUUCAAUGCCCUUCCGGGUGCUUGGACGGGGACGUCUACAUACGUCCUCCUCCCUUUCUAUACUCCGAUUGCAGCGAAGGGCAUCCUGAAGGGUAACAAGGUCCUUGACCAAUACGACCUGGAGCGACCAGCUAGCGACAAGGUUGUCCUUGGCAUUCACACCCACGAGGGCUGCAAAAAGGUAUUCGAGGACCGCGAGAACUUUCGUGUUAUGUACCAGACGGCAACCCGCAAGUGUACCGAUGGUCACGAUUUCAUGAUCGGCUGGGACGAUGCUAAGCGUCACGACACCCGCUCCAGCAUUCUCCACAAGGUCUUCUUUGAAGAGGGCUUCGAGGCGAACCUCACAAAGUUCUUCAGGACCAAUGUCUCGAGGCUCAUUAAGGAGAAGUCGUUGAAGUACUCGAACAGCAGGAGGUCGAUUGAUAUCGUGCGCGAUGUUACCAACGUUACCCCCAUCCUUUGGCUUGCGGAGCGAUUCGCCAUUCCCCUCAAGACGAAGGAGACACCGCACGGCCUGAUGUCUACCCCGGAGCUGUUCAUGAUCUACCUCGUCCUCUUCAUGUACCAGGGCUUCAACAUCAUCCCCGCAAAUGAGUGGAAGUUGAGAGAGGGUGCAAUGAAGGCCGCCCCAGCCCUCAGAGCGAUCUUCGAGGCCCACCUGAAGACCCAGCAAGGCUUCAAGGAAGGCAUUGUCGACUGGCUCGCCAAGGAUAGUGCGUUCGAGGUUGGCCCGGAUGCUGACAGAAUCUACCACGCCCUCAACGACUCCAAGCUGCCUAUUGGUGACCUCGUGGGCGACUGUAUCAGUAUGGGAACUCCAGUUGCUGGUAACCUAACCCAACAAGCCUCCCUACUCAUCGAUCUCUACCUCAGCGAGGGAUAUGAUGAGUACAAGGACCGCAUCAUCGAGCUGUCCCACAAGGACGACGCUGCAUCCGAGAGAGAACUCCAGGGUUUCGUAUUCGAGGGUAUGCGCCACGCCGGUGUUGUCCCCGGCCUCCCCCGCGUCGCCUCCAAGGACGUCACAAUCAUGGACGGCUCUCGCGGCCCCAUCACCAUCAAAACCGGCCACACCAUCCUGAUCGCCAUCUCCAAGGCCGCCAUGGACCCCAUCCAGUUCCCCAACCCCGAGAAGCUGAACCCCCACCGCCCAUUCAAGGAUUAUAUUCUCCUCGGCCACGGGCUGCACUUCUGCUUCGGCGCGAGGUUGGUUGGGGCGUCGCUCGCGGCGACCCUGAAGGAGGUGUUUAGGUUGAAGAAUGUUAGGAGGGCGAAUGGGCGGCAGGGGCACUUUUCGAUUGUGGAGCAUGAGUUUGCGGGGGUGAAGAUGAGGCAGUAUUUGGAUUCUAAUGCUAAUGAAUCUCCGAUCCCGACGACGCUGACGCUGGAGUAUGAUGAGUAG